AUGAUACGCUGUUGCUGUAUUUUGCUGUUGCUAGCAAACGCCAGCUUUGCCCAGGCGCUGAAUAACACAGCUCUAGAUCUGACGUUCCCCCUGGGCUUCGACUCGGAAUCUUUAACAUGGAGUGGUGGAGUCCAGGGUCUCGAGUCAGGAUGCACAUCUACUCAUCUCCCUCAGCAAAUAGAAGUGGCGUGUGCGUUGCCAAGUGGAAAUGUGAGGCUGCUGGUUGCGAAAGCGGCUGAUAAGAUCACAUUGCAAUGCGAGGAGGAAACCUACAGCUGCCAGGAUUUGGAGAGUGCGCGCAAAGAGAUAAAAUCCUAUACGAGUGUUGCCACACGCACGAUUCCCACUCUCGCCAUAGAAGACUGUGUGCUCCCAGAUGAACCGCUCUCGUGUGUACUCGGCCUUAUUAACGCUAGUGAUGCCAACGUUCUGAUGUUUACGAGGCUUCGGAAUGUCAUCGCAGAGAGAAAUGUCGCAGGAUUGACAGCUGUCAAAGUGCAGAUACGCGGGCUAGAUGCAAACGUGACGUCACUACCCCUAGACGCCCUGUCGACCCUUCCAACGCUGCGAGAUCUCUUUGUACAAUACGCCGCCCUUCGUCUCACAAACGAAACGGGAGCAGUGCUGUCAGCGCUAAAAGAGUUAACCAUAUUGGAUAGUAAUGUACCAUCGAUACCAGAUGGCGCUUUUAUCAGAAUGCCGAAUGUUGAGAAUUUGAUGCUGGUAGGAGAUAAGAUUGAAGAAAUUGAAGAAAACGCUUUUAAUGAUCUACCUCACCUAGUCAACGUAAGUUUGAACGCAAACAAACUAAAAUCCUUGCCAGAUGAACUUUUCUCGAAAACUACCCUCAUUCAGAAUAUAGAUCUGUACGACAAUAGUCUGACAACGCUGCAAACGUCAAUCUUUAGUGGACUCAGGGGGCUAACCGAGGUAACAAUUUUUGCGAACAAAGAAUCUCUUAAACUACAAAAUGGCGUCUUCUCGAAUCUACCGUCAUUGCGGUCUGUUGAUCUACACAGUACAGACUUAUUCAAUCUACCCGCAGAUUUAUUCACGAACAGUACGAACGUUCGCAAAAUAAAUCUAUCAGACGCAAAGUUGGCAACACUGCCUGAAGAUCUGUUUUCGAAUUUGCAAUUGGAUUCUCUCGAUUUGAGUUAUAAUUUAUUAGAAGUGUUGCCAGCUACGUUAUUGAGAGAGCAGAAAAAUCUAGUCAAAUUGGAUCUGUCUAAUAAUAAGUUGAAAGUGUUGCCAGUUGGUUUGUUUAAUUCGAUGAAUAAAUUGAAGACUUUGAAUUUGAGUCGCAAUCAAAUUGGUUCGUUGGAUGUUAACAUUUUCCAGGGACUAACGAAGCUAAAAGAAUUGAACAUAAACUACAAUACACUUCAAAAGUUGCCCUACGCCAUCUUUGAAUAUGUACCAGAAUUAAAGGAACUACUUCUCGCCCACAACAACCUCUCGUUCCCCUGUGUGCCAUCGCCCCUAUACCAAGACGUCUUGUUGACAUCCCCCCUUAACUCCCUCAUGCAACUGGUGAAGGUGGACCUAAGCUACAACAACCUGGAGGCGAUCUGCGACGAUUGGAGGAACCUGGUCUUUCUUAGCGAGUUGGAUCUGUCGCACAAUCACAUAGCUGAGUUGAACAACGCUGACUUCCUAGGCGUAGGCGUUACAGUGGAUCUCCGAGCAAACAACAUAACUUCAGUCUACCUCCGCCCGAUAGCGGACGACGAGUCACCCGAUUUGUUAGCCAACUUGUUGCUAGAUAAUAAUCCGUUCGAUUGUACUUGCAAUCUAUUCAAUUUUAUAACUCUAUACAAAGACAAAGCUAAUAUAAAACGUAUAAGAAUCAAAGACGCCCGCUGUGCGACACCACCCGACUUAUUGCGACACAAGUUGACCGAUCUGUUGCCGGAUCAGUUGAUCUGCGAUUCCACCCCCUGUCCAGAUAGCUGUAGAUGCUCAAAUAGGCCGGCGAAACGACAGAUUGAGUUAUACUGUGAGGAAUAUCCAAGUUAUUUCCCUAAUGUCUCCGAUUAUUUCGAUCACAUGUAUUUAAAGCUUGAUGAUUUGACUGAUUUUGCAGUGUUGCCCGAUUAUGUUAGAGUUCUUAACGUCUCAGGUUUAAAUUUGACUGAACCGCCGGUAAUUUUCACAUCUAUGGAAGUAGAUUUAAGUAAUAAUUAUAUCACAACAGCUCCUAAGCAACUUCUAGAGUCAAAUUGCUCAGUGUUCCUAAGUAGCAAUCCUUUUACUUGUGAUUGCGAUAGUAAAGAAAGCCUGUUGCUAUUAAAACAAUACGAAAAGAAUAUUCUAGAUUACCCCCAAAUGACGUGUCAAAAUGGAGACUCAAUUGAAACGAAAAGCACGCAACAGUUAUGCGCUAUGAAAUUGUCCGUAAUAAUAUCCACCACGUCAAUCAUUCUGGUAGUACUAUUCGUACUACUCAGUGUAUUAUCGUACAAAAAUAUCGUAUACAUACGUAUUCUAAUGCGCAAACUCGGCAUUACGUUCACAGAUGAGAGACUAGGUUCGCACGAGUACGACGCGUUCGUGUCGUACGCGCACCAAGAUGAAAAUAUUGUAGUACCAUUGAUACAAACGUUGGAGAGCGGUAGUCGGCCUUUGAAAUUGUGUACGCACUCACGCGAUUGGAUCCCGGGGGAGCUGAUAGCGGAGCAGAUCGUACGAUCCGUUGAUAGAUCCCGCCGUACGAUAAUCGUACUAUCGAAAAAUUUCAUUAAUUCGUACUGGGCGAAGCUUGAAUUUAUAACAGCGCAUAGUAAGAAUAGAGUGAUAUUGUUGAUAAUAGAUGAUGUACAUUUGUCGAACAAAUUGAGUUCUGAUAUAAAAACAUACAUCGAUCUAACCACAUAUAUACAUAUAACGAACCCGUACGCGAUAGAGCGACUUCGGGACGCAGUGCUAGUCAAGGUUAAGGGAAGGGAAUUAAUCAAGGAAAACGGAAAAGCGCUAGAUGUGAUUCAUGUAGAUGGAAAAUUAGUGAACAGAGGGGAUAAGAUUAGAUAUUGA